AUGGAGAAAUUCAACGUGAUCAUAGCCGGCGGAGGCUUGGCUGGGCCGCUUCUGGCGAAUGGUCUGCUAGAGGCUGGCGUUCAAGUUGAUGUGUACGAGAAGUUGAAAGCAAACGCCAAAAGAGAUGGCUACUCAAUACGUGUCGCUCAACCUUGUCUGACGGCCUUCCGGAAAUUUCUCAGCGAAGACCAAUGCGCAACGAUUGUGUCGAAAUUGGGCAGUUUUGAAGGUGGAAAAGAGACGACCCCAAUUUGGUACGAUCAUAACAUGAAGCCCCUUAUCGACAUGCAACGAGUUACCGCACAAUAUGAUGGAUCUGCACCAAUGGACCGAGUAGUUCUACGCGACAUUUUGAUGGAGAGACCUCUCAGCGAAGGCAUUGUCCACUUCGACAAAAGCUUUUCGAGGUAUGAGAUUAUCUCGAAGGACAGCCGCGAGAGUGUCCGAGUCUUUUUUGAAGAUGGCACCUCUGCAGACUGUGAUGUUCUCAUUGCCGCAGACGGAAGCCAUUCCAAAGUCAACCAGCAAAUAGGCCUGGAUAACAUUGUUCAAGUUCCUGUGAUCAAUUUCAUAACGAAGGUCAAGCUGUCCAGAGCCAAAUACGAUCUACUUCCUGCAGCCGCCCGGAGAAGACCAAUUAUAUGCUUCUCACAUAAGAUGACGUACUUCUGCGUUGCUUACACACCGAAGUCGAAGUCCGGUACUGAUGCAAGUUCGGGGAAAUCAACGAACACUAAGAUUGACAUCGAUGAAACAGCGGCUACCUUCACAUUCUCCCUGCUGAUGCUGAAGAGUGAGUGUCCUGAGGACAUAAAGGAGUGGACUCUGGAGAAGAAAUGGAGUUUCCUGUCCGAAGCGAUAAGUACUUGGGAUAAUACUUUCCUUCAGGUCAUAGAUGUGCUCAAGGAUGUCGAACUGUAUAUCUUCGAGCCUCGAGCCUCCAAACGACCGGCCAUGGACUGGAGAUCCUCUGCCAAAUCAGCGUCGGUGCCCACUGCAGGCCAUCCCCGGGUGUGGUUAUUGGGGGAUGCUAUGCAUGUGAUGCUGCCAAACAGAGGCAUGGGUGGCAACCAGGCUAUGCUCGACACAACAUUCAUCGCACCGCUUCUCAAGCGGCUCAACAAGUCAGCUGAGGCUCGAGGACACGUCUCAACCGCCGAAGUAGCCGCAGCAUGUCAAGAGUACGAGAGAGAGAUGAUUCCCAGAGCUUUCGAGUGGGUAGAACUUAGCGGUGGGACGAAAGCGGUGCCUUUCGACACGAAUACCUACAUCGGCCAGCUUACAUGCUUGAUGUUUCGUCUAUCGCUCGAUGUAAGGGAUAGGUGGAACGCAGUCUGCCGGGCGAUAGGAAUGCAGUAA